AACCCUUGGUCUAACGCCGUUAGUCGGUCUUCUCUUCAUCAAAAUUCGUCAGAAACCAAAAAAGCUUUCAUCAAUACUCUCCGCUAAGACCAAUCAAUCCCUGCUUUCACAUUCCUUCUCCGAUUUCGUUUUCACGCUUUCGCAUUCCUUGUUUCAAUUCGUUUCGAAACGCGUUCCAAGGUUACGUCGAUCUCAAAGUACAUCGCCUUCGGAGAGAGAUUGAUAAACCUAAUUGCAACAAUUCCAUUGUUAUUCACGGCUCUUAGAAACUUUACCUAGAUUGCUUGGAUUCAAUCGUCAAGUUUUUAUUGGAUCGUAGGAACCCUAAUUUCGAGGGCCUGUGUUCAGUCAGUCACUCACUCAAUUUCCACAACACUCUCAGAGACCAACAAGAGGAACAUGAACGCUCCGAUCAUAGAUCCAUUGCAAGGAGAUUUUCCGGAGGUGAUUGAAGAAUAUCUGGAACAUGGUGUCAUUAAAUGUGUUGCCUUUAACCACCGUGGUUCUCUUCUCGCUGCGGGAUGUGCCGAUGGGGGAUGUGUAAUCUGGGAUUUCGAAACUAGAGGCAUUGCAAAGGAGAUUCGUGAUAAUGAUUGUUCUGCUGCUAUAACAAGUGUCUCCUGGUCCAAAUAUGGGCACCGCUUGCUUGUGUCUGCUGCAGACAAGUCAUUAACUCUUUGGGAUGUCUCUACCGGAGAGAAGAUUGCUCGUACGAUUCUUCAGCAGACUCCGUUGCAAGCUCGUUUAAACCCUGGCUUGAGUUCUCCUUCUCUCUGUCUGGCGUGCCCGCUCUCUUCUGCUCCGAUGAUUGUUGACUUUGAUAUUGAUUGUACAACUUUGCUUCCAGUCGCUGUGCCUGAGAUGCCUGAUGUAUUAGCUCCUCCACAACGCAGUAAAUGUCCUGAAUCAAAUCCUCCUUUCUCUCCAGCUGCAGCAUGCUUUAACAAGUGUGGGGAUCUUGUUUAUAUAGGUAAUUCCAAAGGAGAAAUACUUAUAGUUGAUUAUAAAAGUGUUCGAGUUCUUGCUUUGGUUCCUGUGCCUGGCGCGGCACCUGUGAAAAACAUAGUGUUUAGCAGGAAUGGGCAGUAUCUUCUCACGAAUUCACAUGAUCGAACCAUUAGGAUAUAUGAAAAUCUUCUCCCAGCAAAAAAUGUGCUUAGAUCCCUUGAGGACUUGGGAAAGAACAUAGAUGGGCUUGAUGGUGUUGAGAAAAUGAAGACUGUUGGAUCAAAAUGCUUAACACUCUUCAGGGAAUUCCAAGAUUCAGUUACAAAAAUGCAUUGGAAAGCGCCUUGUUUCAGUGGUGAUGGUGAGUGGGUAGUUGGGGGUUCUGCGUGCAAAGGGGAACAUAAGAUCUACAUAUGGGAUCGAGCGGGGCAUCUUGUGAAAAUUUUAGAAGGUCCUAAAGAAGCGUUGAUUGAUCUAGCUUGGCAUCCUGUUCAUCCCAUAAUCGUCUCUGUUUCCUUGGCGGGUCUAGUAUAUAUUUGGGCAAAAGAUUACACAGAGAACUGGAGUGCAUUUGCUCCGGAUUUCAAGGAGCUUGAGGAGAACGAAGAGUAUGUGGAACGCGAAGAUGAAUUUGAUUUGAUACCUGAGACAGAAAAGGUGAGAACUUAAAUAGA